ACAGCAGCUCCAGCAGCAGCAGCAGCAGCAAUUUCAGCAGCAGCAACAGCAGUUACAGCUGCAACAACAACAGCAACAGCAACAACAUCAACAACAGCAACAGUUUCAGCCCUUUCAGCAGCCUCAGAUGAGUAUGAGCCCACAGCCGAUGCAUCAGAUUCCUCCACAGGGGAGACCAUACCAAUCACAGCAGUUCCAAUCACCCUCGCCAAUGUUUAUGAACCGGGCUCUAUCUCAACCCCAGAACGGACAGACACUUCAGAUCCCAAUGUCAACACCGAUGUCGAUGCCUAUGCAACAGCAACAGCUUUUGCCACAGCCAGUGCAGCAGUUCCAGCACCAGCCGCAACAACAGCAGCAGCAGUACCAGCAGACGUCACAGCCGCAGCAGCAACAAACUCCAGAUAUUUCUCAGUCAUCCUCACCGCUGUUGGGUCACAACAAUAUUAUGAAGGGGAGUCAUUCAUCCAUGCCAGAAGAUAGCACGCCGAUGACAGUGACGGAUGGGUCGACAAUUAUGAUCAGUACUGCCACAUCAACGUCGAUGGUGUCAGUUGCAGGAGCUUCGUCGCCGGUGCUUAGUCCUACGAACGGAAUCAAGAAGCCGAAACUUCGUGUGCAGAUCCCAAUGGAGGGCAAGGACAGUACUACGUUGGCAGACGCAAUCAUCAAAACUGAGAACACGACGUUAACGGGCGCCAUGAUCAAGACGGAAGAGUCCAGCGAGUUGCCACCUAUCCAAAAGCGUCCGUUUGAAUCGGCGCCAAUGUCUUCGACCCUUCCUUCACAGUUUGCAAAGAACCUGCCGUCGCCUUCGACGUUCUAUCCUGAGUUUUAUGCCUCGCAAGCAGAACUGAGUCCGAUUGUAUUUGGUCAGACGCCUACGAGUGCACAACCCAGUUCGGCGUUUGCUUGGCCGAUCCCACGCGAGCGCGAGCUAGCGCGUGUGCAUCAACCGAGUCCAUUAGCGAAGGGGCAGAAUGUGACGAUGGCAUCUUCGUCGACUGAGGCAAUGGUGAAGGGUCUUGCGCCGCCGGGAUCGAAUUUGAGAACAACGGCGGCUACACCGGUGUUGACGCCGGCUUCAUCGUCGACGGACGGGUCGCCGGUGUCAAAUGCGAGGUCAAGGUCGAUGUCGAUAGAUGGAGCGGAUGGGUUGGAUGGGCCUUUGGCCAAGAAGGCGAAGAAGCUAUAAGUACCGACUGGUUUCAUGUUGAGGUGAAUAGGCUCGUACUUUCUUUUUUUCUUUUUCUUUUUCUUCUUUCUUUUUAUUUUCCUUCCUCAUCGUCUCGACACCUGUAUAUUAUAUAUUACAUUCACUUGGAAUAAAGCAACAAUAUCAAGCGCUA